GGUUAUCGACGAACGUCUGGGCAUUGGAACCCGAUGAACACACGAACCAUUUAAGCACCCUCCAUAAUCGCUGCUUAGGAGCCUUGCGCCGCCCCCUCCAACUCCGGCUUCAUUAUCAUCCUCGCAAGGGCGGCCCAGGAUGCACGUCUCCUCGAUCCGCGCUGCGCUGGCGCAGGUCUUUCAGAUCCCUCUGCGGCCGACACUGCGGAAUGCAGUGACCAUCCCAACCCGAUCGUCCACGACUGGCGCGAGCAAUGUCAGCACAUCUAUUCAGAGCACCUCCUCCUUCUCGACGAGCGUAAGCCGUGCCGCAAAGAAGGGAAAAGGCGGCCGACCAGAUCAGAGAAUAACUUUAAUCCGCUACUUUCUAUAUCACCCGACAACUCUGACUCCACGUCCGCUCCGAUUUUCCCGCAAUCGCUACCUCCGCCACUGGACGAUUCAUCGCGCCUGGAAUCUGUACCGCGCCAAAGUGAAGAAGGCGCGCGAACUUGAGCUCGAACGUCAAUACAAUGCCAUGAGAGAUGCCAAUGAGGAGCUGCGCGUCGGCGCCGGCGACGGCGGCAGACUGUUCCGCAAAGCGCAGAUGAAGACCGGCGUCUGGAGCAUCCCCGCCCGCGGCGGCGGCGUGCCCAUCGAGUAUGCCAGGGGAAUGGUGGAUUGGAUGGGCAGUACCGGUGGUCUGGGUGCUUCAGGGUCCGGGCUCGGUGCUAAAGCGAAGAUCUGGGAUAGCGAAUGGAAGAGAUCAUGACGACCGUCUUUUCUGGCUGAUUGGAAAGGAGAUGGAGGGAGUGUGAUAAAAAGAGGGCCAACUACUGUACUGUAUAACACCACAAAAAGUUCAAAGCAGCAUGGGAGCAUGAAUGUCUGGAGAGAAAUCGAGAAAUCCAUCCUCGCCUAGCUACGGGCUCGAGUUCAUCAGGGGACAGAUUACAAAGCGAAUCAUUAUUCUAUAAAGAACACAGGUCAUGGCAGGUUUUCUUUUUGGGCCCCAUCAAACACCAAUUGCCAAAAAGUUCUAGGAAGAAAAGCACACAAGAAAAGAAAAUCACAUGAUUCUUCCAUAUUCGCUAAUGUCCCGCAGGAAAACCCAUGGAAUCGAAACCCGUCGUCACAUGUAUGGCCAAAGGAGGCAAAGAACCCUCAUGACUCCGGAGAAAUGCUUCGCAAUGGGCUUCUCACAAGAUAUCAUGUCUUCACCAUCUUCAAGUUCGAGAUAAUGCUCCGCUCCCCAGUCCGAGUACUCCAGAAACCUCUUUAUGAGAAGAAGAAGCAUGCCGCCCA